AUGAACAUGGAAAAGAAAUUAUUUCAGGAGCAACAGACAAUUGCUUCUGCAGGCUUUAAAAUUAUCGAAACUAAUGAAGACGCAAUUACUGAAACUGAAGGAGUCAUUGGUUAUGCAGCACAAAAAGACAAAGAAGGAAAGUUUCCACCUUUAGGUUGA